AUGGAGCUUUCUUCUUCUCUCAAGCUUUCAUCGCCGUUAUCUCCUUCCAUCAUCAACCUUCAGGUUUCUUCAUCAAGUAAUAAUGUAAAGCUCUCUAACUACACUUCACUUCCUAAACCGUUUCUUCAACUUGGUGAUAGAAGCCGAAGUCUUCGUAACCAACAUUCUGUCAAUCUAAGAUCAUACAGAAAUCAAGUCACUGCGAAAUCAUCGGGAUCACAAGGUUGGGACUUUGGUAGAUUCAUCAAAACAUUGCACUUCUUCAACGGACCACCGUCUCCCAUAAAGUUUGUUUCAUCAGUAUUUGAGAAACUUACAAACGGAUCAACGGAGAUACCAGUGAAUGAAAUGGAAACUGGUGGAAUCAUACUUGUGGCUGGAGCUACAGGUGGUGUAGGAAGAAGGGUUGUUGAUCUCUUGAGGAAAAAGGGCUUGCCUGUUAAAGCAUUGGUUAGAAAUGAAGAGAAGGCUCGGAAGAUGUUAGGACCUGACAUUGAUUUGAUUGUUGCAGACAUUACGAAGGAGAAUACGUUGGUUCCUGAAAAGUUCAAAGGAGUGAGGAAAGUGAUCAAUGCUGUUUCUGUCAUAGUCGGUCCUAAGGAAGGAGAUACACCUGAGAGACAAAAAUACAACCAGGGAGUCAGAUUCUUCGAGCCAGAGAUAAAAGGCGACUCUCCCGAAUUAGUUGAAUAUGUUGGAAUGAAGAACUUGAUCAAUGCUGUGAAAGAUGGUGUUGGACUUGAGAAUGGGAAGCUUCUUUUCGGUGUUGGCGAUAACACGUUUAAAGAUUUACCUUGGGGAGCCUUGGAUGAUGUUGUAAUGGGAGGUGUCAGCGAAAGUAACUUCCUAGUAGAUCUUACCGGUGGUGAAAACGGUGGACCUACAGGAAUUUUCAAAGGAAUUGUCUCAACAACAAACAAUGGCGGCUUUACGAGUGUCAGAACCAAGAACUUUUCCGAGGCUGAAGAUCUCUCUGCAUAUGACGGUCUAGAGCUAAGAGUAAGAGGAGAUGGGCUCCGUUACAAGCUUAUCGUCCGAACAAGCCAAGAUUGGGACACUGUUGGUUACACCGCUAGUUUCGACACUUCACCAGGCCAAUGGCAAUCUGUACGUUUACCUUUCUCGUCUUUAAGACCAGUGUUUCGCGCACGGACGAAGUCAGACGCACCGCCUUUUAAUCCAGGCAGUAUCAUUUCACUACAGCUUAUGUUUAGUAAGUUUGAGUAUGACGGUAAGCUUAACCCGACUUUCAAAGAAGGACCGUUCGAGCUUCCUCUAUCAAGCAUUCGAGCGUACAUUCAAGAGCCUGUAACUCCAAGGUUUGUUCAUGUUGGCUCUGCGGGAGUAACAAGACCAGAGAGACCCGGUUUGGAUCUAACCAAACAACCUCCGGCUGUGAGAUUAAACAAGGAGCUUGAUUUCAUUCUCACUUACAAGCUAAAGGGAGAGGAUCUGAUACGCGAAAGUGGGAUUCCAUAUGCGAUUGUGCGGCCAUGUGCUUUAACAGAAGAGCCUGCAGGAGCUGAUCUCAUUUUCGAUCAAGGAGACAACAUUACGGGGAAGGUAUCGAGAGACGAAGUAGCACGUAUAUGCAUUGCUGCUUUAGAUAGCCCUUUUGCUCUAAACAAGACAUUUGAGGUUAAAAGUACGGUUCCGUUUAGCGAACCUUUCACGGUAGAUCCUGAGAAUCCUCCACCGGAGAAAGACUACGAUGAGUAUUUCAAGAAUCUGAAAGAUGGAAUCAAUGGUAAAGAGGCUUUGGAACAGAACACUGUUGCUGUGUAA